AUGACCUCGUCAAAUGGGAGCCACCAGCGGGUUCCAUCCAUUGAUCCCUUUUCGCACCCUGAUGUCUACUACGGCGAUGAAGAUUCCCUUGCAAGGAUCAGAGAUCGCCGGCGCGCGUUCUCGACGAGCGUGAAGGACUACAGCCGCGGAGAGAUUUCUGAGUUUUUGGGUACUUUACCAUCGAGACGGGGAAGUCACGAUGAGGCCUCCGGACAGCCUCGCAAGUUCCUUAUCAAUGUGGAUGAGACGCUGGAUGCGCUUCUGAAGCAGGAGGAUACCGAUAAGAAUAUGCAGAUCACGAUCGAAGAUGUUGGACCCAAGGUACUCUCUGUCGGAACUGCAGGAUCCUCAGGAUACAACCGUGUCGACGUUCGCGGUACCUAUAUGCUUUCCAACCUCCUCCAGGAGCUUACUAUUGCCAAAGACUACGGUCGCAAGCACGUUGUUCUUGACGAGGCCCGUUUGAGCGAGAACCCCGUUGCCCGACUCUCGCGACUCGUUAAGAACUCAUUCUGGAAGGCCCUGACUCGACGUAUCGAUGGCUCCAACAUUGAGGUGGCGGGCAAGGACCCCAAGGACUGGACUGAUGACCCGCGACCCCGUAUCUAUAUCCCACCUGGUGCCCCGGAACAAUUCGAAUACUACUCCAAGAUCGCCGAGAAACACCCAGAGCUACGACUCGACGUGGUAAUGCUUGAUGCCGAUAUCACCCCUGACUAUGUCAUGAAGCUCAAGCAGAAGCCUGGAUUGUUGGCGUUGGCAAUGACGAAGCAGCACAACGAUAAGACAGGGGAGGACGAAUACACUGGUGUUCCGUUUGUGGUGCCAGGAGGUCGUUUCAACGAGCUCUACGGAUGGGACAGCUACAUGGAGUCCCUGGGUCUCCUCGUGAGCGACCGCGUUGAUCUUGCCAAGGGUAUGGUAAUCAACUUCUGCUUCGAAAUCAAGCACUACGGCAAGAUUCUGAACGCCAAUCGUUCCUACUAUCUCACCCGCUCGCAGCCCCCAUUCCUGACCGAUAUGGCUCUGCGGGUCUACGAGCGCAUUAAGAACGAGCCUGAUUCGAGGGAGUUCUUGCGGAACGCGGUCCUUGCCGCCAUCAAGGAGUAUUACAGUGUCUGGGCUGCCGAGCCACGACUUGACCCCGUAACCGGUCUCUCACGAUAUCGCCCCGAGGGUUGGGGUGUGCCGCCAGAGACAGAGCCGACUCACUUCAUUCAUCUCCUCAAGCCGUACGCUGAGAAACACGGCAUGGGCUUCGAGGAAUUUGUCGAGGCGUACAACUCACGCGCUGUAUUCGAGCCCGAACUCGAUGAGUACUUCCUGCAUGAUCGUGCGGUCCGCGAAUCUGGUCACGAUACCAGUUACCGUCUGGAGCGGGUAUGUGCCAACCUGGCGACUGUCGACCUCAACUCCCUGCUGUACAAAUACGAAGUUGAUAUUGCACGCAUUAUUCGCAUUCACUUCAACGACAAGCUCGAAAUCCCAGUUGAAUUCCGUACCCCCACGACCAGAGACACCACGACCGAGUCUUCAUCGACCUGGGACCGCCGUGCUCGCAGGCGCAAGCAGCGCAUGGACCAACUCCUUUGGGACGCCGACAAGGGCAUGUUCUUCGACUAUGACACCGUCAAGCAGCAACGCACCGACUAUGAAACCGCGACUACCUUCUGGGCUUUGUGGGCUGGACUGGCGACGCCCGCACAAGCCGCCACGAUGGUGGCCAAGGCUCUGCCUCGGCUCGAAGCUUAUGGCGGUCUGGUCUCUGGUACGGAAGAGUCGCGUGGCCCGGUGGGCUUGGAGCGCCCGAAUCGGCAGUGGGACUUCCCUUACGGCUGGGCGCCGCAGCAGAUGCUCGCGUGGACAGGCUUCCUGCGGUAUGGUUACCAGGAGGAAGCUGAGCGGUUGGCAUACAAGUGGCUGUACAUGAUCACCAAGGCAUUUGUCGAUUUCAACGGUGUAGUCGUGGAGAAGUAUGAUGUGACCCGCCCGAUUGAUCCGCACCGAGUGGAUGCCGAGUACGGCAAUCAGGGAACCGAUUUCAAGGGGGCGCCACGUGAAGGAUUCGGCUGGGUUAAUGCUAGCUACGUGUAUGGCUUGGAGAUUCUCAAUGCGCACAUGAGACGCUCUUUGGGUGCUAUCACUCCAUACGAGACGUACAAGAAGGCCGUUGAUGCGUCGGAUGCGUUUUAA